AUGGAGGAGCGCGGCGGUGCCGAGCCCACGCCGGGCUGCAGCGGCCUGGGCCCAGGCGGCGUUCGCGGCGGCGGCGGCGCCCACUCAUGGGCCCCGGAGGACGCCUGGAUGGGCACCCACCCUAAGUAUUUAGAAAUGAUGGAAUUAGAUAUAGGAGAUGCCAGCCAAGUUUACAUAGCAUUCUUGGUUUACCUGGACCUCAUGGAGAGUAAAAGUUGGCAUGAAGUAAAUUGUGUGGGCUUACCAGAUCUACAGCUCAUCUGCCUUGUCGGUACUGAGAUAGAAGGAGAAGGAUUACAGACUGUGGUGCCUACACCCAUCAGUGCUUCCCUCAGCCAUAACAGGAUAAGGGAGAUCUUGAAGGCAUCUCGAAAAUUGCAAGGUGAUCCAGAUUUGCCAAUGUCUUUUACUUUGGCCAUAGUGGAGUCCGAUUCCACAAUAGUCUAUUAUAAACUUACUGAUGGAUUUAUGCUGCCAGACCCUCAGGUCAGUUUUGAGAAUAUUUCCCUUAGAAGAUGACACCUAUUCUUCCUGAUGCUUACUUUGGGAUUGGAUUUGAGAUCCGUCAACCUGAUUCAUCCUUUAUCUCAGAG